UGGAUUAACAUUACAGAGGCCAGUAGCUAAAUUAUGGCGCGGCCACUUUAAGAGACCAUGAACGCAUCCAAUAUCAUUCACAUCCCAUUUUUUCCCUCAACUGUUUACUUUCACUUAAGAAAUAACUGACAGUUUUUUCGAUCAUAAUUUCCAAGGUGGAUAUUUUAUUGAUAAAAGCCAGUGUAUGUUAAUUUAGUUUAACAGUGUGUGAAUUUUAAUAUUGAUGCUUGUGUGUAAACAGAACAGCCGCAAAUCUGGAGAGAAAAGCAUGAGAGAAGUGCUGAGAAGAGAAAAAGAAUCAGAGGGACGUAUCAAGGCCUCACAGCGACCGUCCUCAAACAGGGAUCCAAUCAGGCGAUCCGGUUCUUCGUCAUGACCUCUCUGAGGAACUGGUACAAGGGUGACAAUCCCAACAAAUCCAUCAACCCCGUCAUCACCGGAGCGUUCGGUGCGAUCGCAGGAGCGGCGAGUGUGUUUGGAAACACGCCGCUGGACGUCAUCAAGACCAGAAUGCAGGGUUUGGAAGCUCAUAAAUAUAAAAACACAAUGGAUUGUGCCCUGAAGAUCAUGCAGCAUGAAGGACCAGCGGCGAAUCAGAGGGACGUAUCAAGGCCUCACAGCGACCGUCCUCAAACAGGGAUCCAAUCAGGCGAUCCGGUUCUUCGUCAUGACCUCUCUGAGGAACUGGUACAAGGGUGACAAUCCCAACAAAUCCAUCAACCCCGUCAUCACCGGAGCGUUCGGUGCGAUCGCAGGAGCGGCGAGUGUGUUUGGAAACACGCCGCUGGACGUCAUCAAGACCAGAAUGCAGGGUUUGGAAGCUCAUAAAUAUAAAAACACAAUGGAUUGUGCCCUGAAGAUCAUGCAGAAUGAAGGACCAGCGGCGUUUUACAAGGGCACGGUCCCACGGCUGGGCAGAGUGUGUUUGGACGUGGCCAUCGUCUUCAUCAUCUACGAGGAGGUUGUGAAGGUCCUAAACAAAGUCUGGAAGACGAAGUGACGACCGCGGUCUCGUUCUUCACAUCACUUCUGCUUUUAAACACGCACACAAUAUUUGAAAAUAACAUUAGUUCAUAAAGCAGCUGCAGUCAAAUUAACAUUAAACACUGUCUGUGCCACAUUUAACAGAUUUUGUUAAUUAAUAAAUUGAUUAUUUAACUGCUAGAUGUAAUAGAGAGCGAACACGUAUGUUUACAGAUGUUAAACUCUGAGCCAGAGGAAUAAUCUAGAGAAAAGUGUGACCGUAAAUUAAUUUAAUGUUUUAACGUGGGAAAAUCCUUAAGAGGAAGUGGGAAUAUUUACAAAUAGAGAGUUUAUGAAUAUUUAUAGAUGUAUUUACCUAACUACAGAUCAUUCCAUAAUACUGUACGAAUUCCAUUUAAAAUGUAUUCUAUUUUUAAGUUUCUGACAUUUCUACUUAAAAUGUUGUGUUUUUAACUAAGGCUAAUAUUUUUACAUUUGUAAAGCCUUUUUAUUAAUUAUUUUGAAUAUAUUUAUUUUCCUGUUGCACAUGUGCCUUUUAACCAUCAAACUCUGACAUUUAUUUUUCAACACAAACAAAGACAUUUUUAAUAAUUAUUUUGUCAAUUUUAAAGCCUGUUUUCAGACGUGACCUGCUGUAUCUGUCUAUGUGCAAUAUCAUCUCUAUUAUACACAACUCGAAUACAGAUUCAGUGAAUGUCAAAUACACCUCAGAGCCGAACUGAAAUGGAUUAUUAAAGUGUUUCUGCAGCAUGCAUCUCCAGCUGUGUGUGUGUGUGUGUGUGUGUGUGUGAGAGAGAGAAAUAGUGUCAUCUAUCUAUUUAUCAUUUAUUGACCCUAAUUAAAUGUACAGUGCUGCUGCUGGCCGCUAGAGGGCAGAAUCUGCAUUGACAGAUCUGUGUGUGUGUGUGUGUGUGUGUGUGUGUGUUUGGGGCCUUUAGAAAUACUCUUUGGGAUUGUCUGUGUCAUAUCCUGUGAUGUGUAUGUUUUUGGCCUUUUCUUUGUAGAUCUAGA